AUGUUCUGUCUCAGGAGCUGGUUACCUCUCCUCUUCAUCCCAACCAACGCUUCCCCUCUGUUCAUCAUUUCCUUCGUCACUCUCACCUACAUACUCCAUCGCCCGUGCAUCUACUGCUCCGCCUUGCUUCUCAUUCUCUUCAUCUCCUCCUGUCACUGGUCGGAUCGUUGCUUUUUCGAUCUACGAGGCGACUGGUUCUCUCCGCGAUUCACAUCCCCCAUGUCCCAGGAUGCGCUGCCGACCAACUCGUCCAUGGCAAUAGACCAGGUGCCGGGCUUCAAUGAUAGCCUCGCCGGGUAUAUGAUGGAGACCGUCAACACCACGACCAAGGCGCUAGCAGGAGCAGCAGUGGAGGAGAUGCAGCGACGACUCGCCUUCAACGAGACAUCUGCAGGAAUGGAAGACCUGAGGUCGGAAGAAUGGACUGGGAUUGGACUGGAAUGGUUGCGGAGUCUGCUUGGACGACGCGAGUGGACUCUUCCCUGUGUGGAUGUGAAGGUCCGCUUAUAG